AUGUCUCUGAUGUCUGUUUCGACAGCUGGUGGGGGGAGACAUCUAUCGGGUCAGGAAAAGUCGGCCAACCUCGCGCGCAAUCUGCGUGCGCUGGAGCCUGAAGAUGCCGAAGACUUACUGAAGAAGAUAUAUAUCAGCGUGACAGAGGCACUAAGGAGACUAUCUACACAAGUCAAGGUUCUCUUGGAUAUCGCGUCAUCCCUCGCAGACACACCAGAGGGAGAGGGCGUCAAGUCUCCCACCAUGCGGUCACCACUGGGUAGCCCUCAGACAGGCCAGGCGCCUAGUCCUGGGGUUGAGAUCCAAGAGGAGCUGCACAAGGCGUUGGAUGUAACACAUCUUUUAGCCCAGGGCGUCGACAUUGCCAAUGACAAGAUUGUCAAGGUCCUCAAGGUUCGCACUGAGCAAGCAACGGAUCUGCCACUGGACAUGUUCUUACGAUACUUUACGCUGAACUUGUACUUUGCGAACGAGUGUGAAGCUAUCUCGGGGCGAAGCGGCACGUCACUGAAGAAUGUGGUCAACAGCCAUAUCAAGGAGUUUGUCCAGAGGCACCAGAACGCUGCAAUGCAAACACUUGCGCAAGGCAUGGAAGCUGAUAGAUGGGUUGCCAAAGACUUUAACGAGAAGCUUACCAGACAGCUUGGGGAAAUCUUGGAAUGCAGCACGCAUGACGCCGAGUCGUGGGGCAACGGUAGUAAGCUUUGGGUGCCAGCAAUGGAGCUCCUCAAAUUGAAGCUGGAGGAGGAGGCGGCGGCGGAAAAAGACAAGGAAAGGAGCAGCAGCGAAAAGGAAAAGGCGCGACCAGCUGUUAUUGAGUCUGAGAAAUUUAUUCUUCCCAACUCGGCCCUUCUAUGCAUGCAAGGGUUGGAAGGCUUUUUGCAUCUGAUUGCGGGCAUUCCCUCAAUGGCCACAGAUAUUGCAACGUCUCUAAUCGCUUACCUCCAACUCUUCAACUCGCGAUGCACGCAGCUCAUCCUGGGCGCGGGCGCUACAAAGACUGCGGGACUUAGGAACAUCACGACCAAGCAUUUGUCCCUCGCAUCCCGAGCCCUCGGAUUGAUAGCUACGCUCAUACCACACAUCCGCGAGUUUGUCCGACGACAUGCCGGGUCCGGCGCAGGCACGUCUGCGCUAAUGGGCGAGUUUGACAAGAUUCGCCGAUUAUUACAAGAGCACCAGAGCAAUAUUCAUCAGAAGCUGGUCGAGAUGAUGAACGGCCGUGCCACUGUUCACUCCAAGGGUAUGAAAGCGAUUGAAUGGCACAAGGACGGCGCAAGUGCACGCACACAUGGCUACAUGGAAACGUUGGUCAAGGAGACGAGCACACUAUACAAGGUUCUUACGAAACACCUUCCGGAUAGCACGACCCAGAGCAUCAUGUUUCCAGUGUUUAGCGGCUACAAGGAGCAACUUGGAUCGGCAUUCAAAGAUGCAGACGCGAAGAAUAAGGCCGGCCAGCAAAGCAUGCUCCGAGAUAUCGCGUUGUUUAAGAGCACACUAGGCAGUAUCGAGGGAUUUGGAGAUGCCGGCGAAUACUUGACAAAUAUUGUCAACAGCAAAGAAGUUGCGGCCGAGGCUGAGGCGAGCGCUGUUGACGCUGCAAAAGACGCUACGUUGGGGGACAAAGCGAAGCAAGACAAUGCAAACGGCGAGGACGAGGGGAAAACGGAUAAGGCGGAGGACGAGGAUGCUGCCACUAAAGACGAAAAGACUGAGUCUGGUGAGGAGGAGAAGCCACCCGAGCCACCGGCCAAGGACAAUGUCGCGGUGAACGGCAAAACAGACAGUGUGAGGAGCAUGUAG